AGGGAGGAGGGGUGGAUAGCAGCCAGGGGGAGGCUGCUUCAAGCCUGAGAGCAGCACCGCAGCGUCUCCUCCUUCCUCACCUGUACGUGAACACCUGUUGCCGGUGUUUGUUUUUUUUUAAAGGACAAUAAGGGGGUCGUGUUUCAACCGGACUAAAGAAGGUUUGGGGAAACCCAGACUAGCAAGGCCGGCAUGAAGUAAAUAUGCUGAGGACUUCAGAAGGAAACUGUCAGUAACCGAAUUGCAGACCCAACAUGCUGCUGGUUGUGUGAGUGACAGAAAUGGGGUCAACAAGAUCCAGUUGGCACACUUUUACUGUGGUGGCAUUUAUUUUUCAUUUGCUAACCAAUGAUGGUGUGGCGUCUGAGGUCCUUGGACGGGUCGGUGGCUGGGUGGAUCUGGAGUGCAGUUUUCCCCUGUCAGAGCCAGCAGCUGCAUCUUCUGCAUCCAUGCAUGUGUUGGAAUGGGUACGACAGGGACUUGACAUCCCUGUCCUGAUUAAAUUUGGAUCCCACACACCGCGUGUCCACCCACAAUAUGAGGGGCGAGUGUCUCUGGGGAAGAACGCCUCCCUGCGGCUGGAGCGCCUGCAACUUGAUGACCAGGGAUGGUACGACUGUCGGGUCCUCUUACUGGACAGGCCCUCAGAUGAGCUGCGGAACAGCUCGUGGACUCUGCUCUCUGUGUCUGGUCCACCCACCUUUACAGAAUUCCCACUCCCUGUAUUGGAGGCACUGGCUGGAACUCAUCUUUCUUUUUCUUGUGUUGCUAUUGGAAACCCCACACCAACCAUCACAUGGCUGAAGGAUGGCACUGUCAUUCAAAACAUCCACUAUCAGGGUGGAGUCUUAUCUCUGCCUGCAGUGAGCACGCAGUCAGCGGGGAUGUACACCUGCCACGCCUCCAACUCUGAGGGAAACGUGACUCGCGUCACAAACGUGAAGAUCAAAGGUCCGCCGGUGAUCGUUGUUCCUCCAAAAAGUAGCUCCCUCAACAUGUCCCAGAAUGCAUUUCUUCAGUGCCAGGCAGUGGCUGACCCCCCCAACAUGACAUAUGUGUGGCAGAAAGGUGGAGAAAACGUUUACCACAUAGAGUCUCUGAAGUCACGCGUGAAGAUCAUGGUGGAUGGAACUCUGCUCAUCUCCAGGCUCAUCCCAGAGGAUUCUGGGAACUAUACCUGCAUUCCGACUAAUGGCCUCCUGACUCCGCCUGCUGCCUCCGCCAUCCUCACAGUGAUGUACCCCGCCCGAGUUAUUCACAUGCCCAAGGAAACAUACCUUCCCACAGGGAUGGCGGGGCUGAUCACCUGCCUGGUGGCAGCCCAGCCGCCGCUGCUUCGUGUGGACUGGACAAAGGAUGGAGAACCUCUGGACCUCUCUUUGUAUCCAGGAUGGUCCCUAAAAGCUGAAGGUACCCUGGUCAUGGCGACCGUUAAUGAGGAUGCUGCCGGCACAUACACAUGCACUCCAUACAACAGCUAUGGCAGCAUGGGAUCAUCCCAGCCAACCAGAGCCGUUCUGCAGGACCCCCCAUCAUUCAGCAUGGCUCCUGAGGAGCAGUACAAACAGGAGGCCGGCAGAACGCUGCUUAUUCCUUGUCAAGGAACUGUGGAGUCAAUGAGCAAAGCGGCCUGGAGGAAGGUGGACCCCGUUCGCCCCAUUUCAUACUCCAUCGAACCCAACGGCUCUCUGCUGUUGCAGCCCCUUAUCAAGGAGCACCAUGGGGAAUGGGAGUGUAGCAUUUCCAACCGCGUGGCCACAGUGAAAGCCUGGACUCAGGUCUUUGUCCUCGGCACCAGUCCCCAUGCAGCUUCCUCCAUGUCCGUCUCUCCGGGGGUGAAGCAGGCCAAUGUAUCCUGGGAAGCAGGCUUUGAUGGAGGAUCAGCACAGACAUUUUCAGUUUGGGUGAAGAAGAUGUCAGCCGGUGAUAUUGAAGGGAAGCAGGAAUGGUUCUCUGUGCCGGUGCCCCCCUCCUCCAACACCACGCUUCAGGUCUCUGAUCUGUCUCCUGCCACAGAAUACCAGUUCAGCAUCCUGUCCCAGAAUAAAUUUGGAACUGGUCCCUUCAGUGAGAUUGUCACAACAAGGACUUUGGAUCCUCCACAGAGAAGAACCAAACUGAAGCCGCCUGUGCCGCUCUCAGCUAAUCAGGGCUCAGCAGGUGUUCUUCUGCAAUGGUCUCUUCCUGAAGCCCAGCACCCCCCCAUCACAGGCUUUGUUCUCCAAACCCGAACCGACAAAGGGGACUGGUUUAAUUUGGAUGAGAAGAUCAGUGCCAACAGCAGUGAAAUCCUGAUUCAGGGUCUCCAAAAGGACGGCGUGCACGAGCUGCGACUGCUCUCUCGUCGCGGGGAGAUGCUGAGCGAGCCCAGUCCAUCCAUCAAUGUCAACAUCAGUGGCAUGGGGAUGGUCCCAGCCACAUCCCGGCACCUGGAGGAGUCUGUCCCGGUGCCGUUGCUCACCGGGGUUCUGGGUGGGGUCGGAUUCAUGUGCCUGGCGCUGGUCUUGCUGCUUGGCUCCGCCUGCGUCAUCAACCGCAUGGUGAAGCGACGCCGCGGCAAGAGAAAAGAUGAGUCCCUUUCUGCCAUCUAUAAAUGCUCCCAGUCAAUGAAGACGUCAGGCAACAGCAGUUCAGACAGUUUGUUGAAGAAAAGCCUUCUUCCAGCCAGCCCCGUCUACCCCACACCUUCGUCUACCAUCAACUCAUCCUCCUCACAGACUGGCUGCGUUCCUACGAGCACAGAGAAGCUUCUUCGGAGCACAAGUCUCAUGUCUAAUGAUGCUGGGCGCCGCCUUACAAAGACAGCUUCCCUACUGUCGCCUUCCAUUGAAUUGAUCUCAAGAGGUCCAGAUGGACGAUUUGUUGUCCCGGCUUACAGCUACGAUGCUAUGAGUGCUAACAGUAAUGCAAAUGUAAGGCACGACCAGCCCGCCAAAGUUAGAAGGUCUAUGUCGUUGCAUUCAGACACAAAAGACGUGCCAUUUGUUCUCUCCGUGGAUUUUCCACCUUACACACCGGUGGGUGACACAGUUCAGCUCCUGCAGCACCACAGUGCUAUUGUGGAGGACGAGGAAAGCUGUGGAGGCUCUGCUGAUUUCUGCAGCCUCUGCUCCAACAGCAGUCUCGCUAUCAUGCAUCAAGGCAGAGAAAUAACCCCAGUCUUUCCAGUCCUCCCCCAUAUCAAGUCUAGCCUGCAUCAGGCAGCUACGACAGCCAGCUCCCUGGUGCUUCAAAUGGAACAUGAGCGAGAAAAAGGGAACCUGAGUCGCUGCCUGAAGCUUGCUCAGGAGAGGGAGGAGCUGGAGCGGGAGCUUCAGAGGUACACGCUACAGCGAAACUCAUGGAGAGGAACCACGAUGCUCCCCUUAGACUCAGACAGAAGGCAGGGUCGGGAAGAGCUUACCUGGGAGUACAAAAGCAGGACAUUGCCCUACAAAUAUAGUCAGGUAGCCCAGAAAGGAUCACGCCUGUCCUCAUCUUCUGUCUUCUGGGAGGCCCAUCCAUUUGUGUCCCAGCCGAGUCUUCUUUACCCAAAAAAUAGCUGGAGUUCAUCUUCACCGUCAACUGAUUCUUGUUUUCAGUCGAGCAUUAAUCCUUCUCUAUCUUUGCAUCAGCCUGAGGACACAUGCAGUUUUCCAAAAGAUCCCUUUGCUUUCUCACAUCUCUCCACAAAGAACCAAGAGCUUGAAGAUGUUUCAGUCAUUACCACUCAAACCAGCAAUUCAUUCUCUGAAGCAAAGAGAAAGAACCAUCUCAGUACUGAAAGCUCUUCAACAUCAUCGCCCUGUCGCACCAAAUGCAAAGAAACCUAUCAGUCCGUUCUUGAUGCUUCAUCAACCUUAUCAAGGCUGGAACCCAAGUCCCCUUAUGAAGGCAUGGAUGUUGAGAUGAGUGUUGAUGAGCCAGAGUUUGAGGUGACUGAACUGGAGCCUCCAAAGCCCACAGUGCACCACGAGGUGUCCUCUCAUGUGCAGUACAGACGCCUUCGGAGCCAAAAUGUCCGACAUCAAGACAUGAAGAGGAGCAGAAGCUUUAACUGCUCCAUCCCAGAUGCUGCUGACAACAAAACCCGGCCAGAACAAGGGUCAAAAAGAUGGAACUCUAAGCAGAGAAGUCAGAGUCUGGACCUGAGGAGUCAAAACAAACCCGUCUUUCUUGCACCAGAUGCUUGGAUAGAAUCUCUCAGUCAGGAAGACUGCUCUGCUGCUUCAUCCCCUGGACCAGAUCCUGUCUUCUGGAAAGCUCAAAGGUCUCCUCAACGAAAUGUUCACAAAUAUGCAGCAAAUUCACCUGCAGCCAUCCAAACUUCCCACCACUGCCCUCCUGCUCCAGACCAUUCAACUCUAAGGAGUCCAAAGAGGCUGGCACCAACCACUGACCUGGCUUUUAUCUACGAGCCAAAGCGACACGUGUCCUUCUCAACCAAAGCCACAGCUAAUCAAGAGGCUUCUAGAGAAGCAACUAAAAGGUACGCCGUUAAAGGAGUCUCUGUCAUCUCCCCGCCUCACUCUGUGGAGGAGGAACUAGAACUUGUGGUAGGAAACUACGAGAGAGCGUCGGAGUCUGGGGGCAGCUACAGCAGCUAUGCCAGCAGCGGCCGAGGCAGCAUGGAUCCUUCUAACCCCAUCAGCUCACCGGAGACUGUGCAGGACAACACGGGGAGCUCGGGGAACUCCAGAAAACAAGCUAUACCAAACCAAAGGAGGAAGGUUUCUGUGGAUGAGAGUUAUGAGUGGGAUGCUGCUGAUUUCAGCACACAGCCAGGUGCCCAGGAUGGCACUUUUCCUUUAAUGCAGCUACAGAAGAUCGUUUCAGCUUGUAGUCCUCCCAGCAUGCAGUGCUCCACUAAAGCACAGAAGAAGUGCGCACAGCUGCCUUCACCUCCGGGGCAUCAAAGCAGCUCUGCUCAGGCUGAACCAGACGCCGUGCUGUUCUGACAGGACCGACCUCGGCUUGUAUCACCUGGUGUGUCCCUUCAUAUAUUGACACGGAUCACUGCCUGACCAAAUCGCGUUUGGCACAAAAGGAGCUUCAGUAAAACUCAAUUUUCCCCCAAACUUUAAGGAAAAAGUGAGACAAAAAGACACAGAAGCGUGUGCUUUAUCUUCCUUUGCCUUUUUGUUAAGUUUUAGCUCAAAAGUUUGUAGUAGAGUUGAAAAAAAAGAAAAAAAUUACCUUUUUUUACGUGAUUCUUUCUGACGCAUCUCACUGGCUGUUUUCUUUAUGCGAGAGUGUGCUGAUCCCUAAAGCAUUCAGCGUGUUUAAGGAUUCACCACAUUCUGUCGAGCAGGUUGACAAUUCAUCAUCUAGAGAUGACUUCACAGCCACAGACGACAGGAACAGCUUAGUCAUCACAAACGGACUGGUCCACGCCGUGCAUGGAUAUGCAAUUAGAUUUUAUCAAUCACUGCCAGGCAGCAGGUCCAGCUCCGCCUUGCCUCUUCACCAGCGGAGCCUGGCAGCUUGCUUCAGUCGCUGUGACCCUGAAGCACAUGAAACCUUCAUAGAAUUUCAAGGUUGAAUUUGUCCUUGAUCUUUGGGUUCAACAUCAAAUGUUUAUAAUUAAAACAGCUUUUUUGGGAGAAGUACACUGCAAAAAAAAAGGCCCUCAGGGAAACAAGUCAAACAUUUUUACCCCAUUGGUAGAUUUUCUUUGAAACAGCAAAAGAAUCUGCCAAAAUGGUCUUCCCAAGAUUUCCAAUGAUAGGAACAGAAUUCUAGCUUUCCUAAACUAAUAUUAUUUUACUAUUGAAAAAGCUUUCUCAAUAACAUAAUUUUUUUUAAACAAGGGUCUUUUUACUUUCUUAAGAUUGAGUUUUUGCAGUGUAAAGAAUCCUUUAUGUGCUUUUUUUUAUUUUAUUUUAGCAGUUCCUAUGAAGAUUUUUGCCUUUUGUUUUCUCAUUCUCAGGGAAUCGUUGUGUGAAAUGUGACCAAAUAUGUGAAAUACGUUUCUAGUUUCUGUUUCGAAAAAUCUCAACAUGCUCAAAAGGAUGUAAAUAACAUCAAUCUACUGUGAGAAUUUUUUGUUUUAGUUGCUUUAGUUGUCGUGGAAUGGAUGUGUCCUGCCACAUUUCAAGCCCCUCCACCAUCCAAGUCUCUACGUUUUUGAGUGAUCGUAUUUGUCAAACACUGACCCAAACCAGAUCAGGCUAAUUGUGUCGAACUUUGAGGAAAUAGAAAGAAGAGUCUGACUCAUGAAGCUGACUUUUUUCAUCAUAUAUGAAAUAUCUGCACAACCAGUCAAUCAACGGCUUCCCUCAACCUGCUCAGCAUUAUUAUUAUGAACCUUCUGACCAUCUCUGCUGGAUUAUGCAACCACGUCAUGAAGAAUAAAUCCCCUGUGAUGUCACAAAUGCAGACUUUAAUGAGCUUUUGAACUUUUUUACUAAGCUUAAAAAAAAUUAUUUUGAAGUAGAUUUGCUUAAUGUAAAAUACUAUGAAAUUUACAAUUAUAAAGGUUUUUUGAAGGGCUAA